AUGGGCCUCUUCUCCCAAUACGCUGCCAUCGGCGUCAUCUAUGGCAUGAUCCCGGCCCUCAACUACCCCAUCUUCAACGUGUACCUCCAGCUGGAAGGGUACCAGACCGCGUCGUACUCGACGCUAGUGACGCUCGGGUGGUCGUUCAAGGUGUUUAUGGGAAUGUUCUCCGACUGCUUCCCGAUCUUCGGGUACCGCCGCAAGUCGUGGAUGUUGAUCGGGUGGACGGCGACGAUGAUCUGCUUGGCGAUCAUGGCGUUCUCGUCGUUGGGUGAGCCGUACUGCAACCGCCAAAAGGCGGCCGAGCGCAAAUCGAAGGCGUGCACCAAGCCGUACUCGAACGCGUCGAUGAAGGACCAGGACUUGUUCUUCAACCUGUCGGCGCCGGACAACGGGGGUCUGUUUAUCAUUUUGUCCAUGUUUGUGUCGCUGGGGUACGUGACGGCAGCGUGCGCGUCGGACGCGAUGGUGGUGCAGUACGCGCAGCGCGAGCCGCUGGCGAUCCGCGGCCGCGUCCAGACGGCGAUCUACACGGUGCGCACGAUGGCGGGCAUCAUUGCGUUGAUCGUGACGGGCUUUGGACUGAACGGCGUCAACUACAACGGGUCGUUUUCGUUCUCGAUGGCGCCGAACGUGCCGUACGGCAUCUGCUUGAUUCCGUGCGUGAUUGUCGUCGUGACGACCUUGUUUGUUGUGCAAGAAACCAAGACCCCUGGGACUCCGUUCCGGGAAUGGGUGGGUCACUUCUGGGAGUUGUUGCAGAAGCGCGUGAUGUGGCAGGUCUGUGCGUUCCGCUUCAUCAACAACGUGUUCCAGAGCAUCGGCUCGACCGCUGGGUCGCCCAUGUCUAGCACUUGGGCCGACGUCGAGCCGUUGAACGACUCGCUGUCCUCCAUCCUUGGGAAUGCCAUCUUUUCAGCCAUCUUGAUCGCGGUCGGCAAGUGGGGUCUGCACUGGAACUGGCGCUGGGCCAUCGCGAUUUCUUCGUUCGCGAUGACCUUUGUGCGCCAAGAUAUGGAGCUUGAUGAGCUUCUGACCUACGUGAAUGUUGAUGAGAAAUGGUUUUAUCUCACCAAGACGAGUCGUACGUACUAUCUUAUUGCGGAUAUCGGGAACGAAGGCGCGACGUAUGGCCUCGUCACGACCGUGUCCAACUUGGCGUCCCCGUUUGCGUCUGUCUUGUACAAGUACAUCGACUCGUAUUUCAUGUUGUCACAGGACGACCUGAUGUCGGACACGAUUGCCGUGCGUUGGGACGUCACGUACUCGUACUUUAUCUCGUACGGGUGCAAGCUGGCUGCGUUGGCGUGGCUAUGGAUGUUGCCGCCCCAGCGCCAGCAGAUGCAAGAGCUCAAGAAGAAGGGCGGCAAGAGUCCGUUGGCCGGGAUCCUCUUGAUUGUGAUCUUCACGUCGUGUCUGGCAUUCUCGGUGACGUCGAGCAUCAUGUCGAUCUACCCGUCGACCAAGUGCUACCGCAUUGCAGGUGGCAACGGCAAGUUGGACCCCAAGACAGGCAAGUGCCCUGCCGUCAUGGCCAAGAAAGGUUAA